AAGUUCUACUUGUAUAGUUAAUCUGAAAUCCUGAAACUUACUCUAAAUCCAAGCCUGAUCAACAAGUUAAGGGGUACAACAGUAUGUAGCAGAGUACUAUCCAAAAUUCCAAAAGUUAGAUGCUUCCAAAUAUCAUAGAAAUGAAUCAGAAAGUGAACCAGAGAAAAUACCAAGACUGAUAAGAGAAGUCCAUGUCCUUUUCGCACCAUAAACCUUUGCAAAAUUCCAAAGUUUUGGUUUGCCAAACGAUUUUUCACCUUGGAAACUUCAUGGUAACUCCAAUUUAACAGCAAAAGAGAAAAAAGGGUCCCCUGUUUUUGUUCACCACCUCUUCGGCUCUCUUAUCAAUUAUCAUCUUUGAGAGAAAAAAAUUUACCCCCUCAGAUUUCGUUGAACCAGAGGUUGUGGUCAGCUGCCAUAGUUUACAGGAAACUGACGUGUAAAAAUUGUCUCAGGAAGUAUAAAUUUAUGGGGGUGAAAUGUGUAGCAAGAAAGACACCUCAUCGCUUUGAAAAACGUAUAGAUAUGGAGAAGAAGGGAGGCUUUCACCUCUUUCUUUGAAAAAUCACACACCAAUAAAGCUGAAAAAGAAAAAAAAAAGAAGAAAUUCUCUACUUUUUUUCAAAAAAAAAAUUUCCUUUCUAAAAUCCCAACCACAAUCCAUUUCUCAAGUCCCUUCAGAUAAAACAGAGCAGAGACUCUGAUUAGAUAUACCCACUUUCCUGUUCUUCCAAUUUGAUCUAAAAUUUUGCAGUUUUCUUAUUUUUGGGUGGGAAUUCUGUUCAAUUAUUGACGGAUGCAGAUGGAUUUUGAGGAAUCGUGGGUCUUUCUGAUAUGUAAUUUCAUCUCUAUGUUAUACUGCCUUGAUCUAUAAUUAUCAUAUUAUAGAAUUAGAGAAAAAAAAGUUAUUAAACACGUAAUUUUGCUCUAUUCUUUUUGUUCUUUGGAUUCUCCAUUUUUCUGCUUCUGAUGGUUACGUGAUCGAGUGUACUUUGUCAAUUUUGAUUAUCUGAAGGUUUUGAUCAUCUGGGUUUCUCAAUAAGAUGGAUUAUUAUCAAGAAAAUAUAUCCCCUGUUUUUUGAUCGGUGGAUGUUGAUUUUGCUUGCCUGGUUAAUUUUUGAUCAGGUCAAUGAUCAAUCUGACCUUUUCUUAGGCAGUUUACGUGAACUUGAGUGUCUCCUCCUAGAAUUCUUUGCUUUUCUGGGUUUUCUUUUGAGUGUGGAAUAUGCUUUUCAUGGAGGACUAGUAUUCUUGUUUUCAAAGUUUUCUUCUUUCGGCGUUUCCUCCUUCAAUUGCGUGGUUUAAAAUUUCUGUUUUUCGAUCAUCUAUACGAGCUUUUCUGCUACAGUUUUUGCCGUUUUGGUGUCUCUGUGCUUGGCCAUUUUGGCUUUCCGUUCACAAUUUGGAUCAUUCCACCUGGUCUAUUUCUGUCGGCUGUGUGUAAAUAAUUGGAUGAUCGGACUCUGCAUAAAUAUUUGGCUUUGAUCAUCUCAUUCUCAGCCUCUCCUAUUGGAUAACGUUGCUCACGUGGUUUGAGACUUGAAGUUUGCUGAAUCAAUCCAUUAUUUAAGGUAGAUAUUGUUGGCACUUGUAGAUUGAACCAAUAAGUCAACAAAGUUUUAGUAUUUAGGAAGUAGUUUGGAUCAUUGUACCCCUCAUUGUCAGAAAUUUAUAUCAUCUCAUUGCCAAGGUUGGGCACUGCAAAACUUGGACAGUGCCCAUGGAUGCCACAACAAGCGGAACCCCAACUAUUCAGUACCAUAACAUACCUGAUCAACCAAUUACUGCUAUUGUUGCUGCUCCUGUACCCACAUUUCAGCGACAAGUACGUCAUUGCUUUGGGGACUCCACUCCUGGAGAAUUCCCCUUAGCUGCCAAUCCUUCUAUUGUUCUUCAUGUCCUUACUGCGUGUAAUUUGGACCCUCAAGAUCUUGCAAAACUAGAGGCAACAUGCUCCUUCUUUAGGCAGCCAGCAAACUUUGCCCCUGAUUAUAAAUUGUCCAUAUCGGAGCUUGCUGCUCUUGACAUGUGCCAAAAGAGAGCUAUAUUUAAGCCAAUGACUGACGAAGAACGUCAAAGUUUUAAGCAAAAAUGUGGGGGAUCGUGGAAAUUGGUCCUCAGGUUUCUGCUAUCUGGGGAAGCGUGUUGCAGGAGGGAGAAAUCACAGGCAAUUGCAGGGCCUGGUCACAGCAUUGCUGUGACAUCAAAAGGAGUAGUUUACUCUUUUGGCUCUAAUAGUUCCGGACAGUUAGGACAUGGCACUACUGAAGAUGAUUGGCGGCCUCAGCAAAUAAGAUCUCUGCAAGGCAUUCGAAUUAUCCAAGCAGCAGCUGGGGCUGGCAGGACAAUGCUGAUUAGUGAUGCUGGGAGAGUUUAUGCCUUUGGAAAGGAUUCCUUUGGUGAAGCAGAAUAUGGGGUUCAAGGAACUAAACUAGUUUCAACUCCGCAGCCUAUUGAGUCUUUGAAAGACAUAUUUGUGGUGCAGGCUGCAAUUGGAAACUUUUUCUCAGCUGUUUUGUCCAGAGAGGGCAGAGUUUACACAUUCUCUUGGGGCAAGGAUAGCAAGCUUGGUCACCAAACUGAGCCAAAUGAUGUGGAGCCCCGGCCUCUUUUGGGGGCAUUAGAGAACAUACCUGUUGUGCAAAUUGCAGCUGGAUAUUGCUACCUUCUUUGCCUAGCUUGUCAACCAAGUGGCAUGUCAGUGUACUCUGUCGGGUGUGGCUUGGGCGGAAAGCUUGGACAUGGGUCAAGAACUGAUGAAAAGUACCCUCGAUUAAUUGAACAAUUUCAACUUUUGAACCUUCAGCCAAUGGUGGUUGCUUCUGGUGCUUGGCAUGCAGCUGUUGUGGGUCGGGAUGGAAGGGUUUGCACCUGGGGUUGGGGACGUUAUGGGUGCUUAGGUCAUGGAAAUGAAGAGUGUGAAUCAGUUCCUAAGGUGGUAGAAGCAUUAAGCAAGGUCAAAGCUGUUCAUGUUGCUACAGGGGACUAUACAACCUUUGUGGUAUCUGAUGAUGGUGCUGUUUACUCUUUUGGUUGUGGGGAAUCUGCUAGCUUAGGACAUAAUACUGCCGCUGAAGGACAGGAAAACAGACAUGCUAAUGUGUUGAGCCCAGAACUGGUAACGUCAUUGAAGCAAGUGAAUGAACGGGUGUUGCAGAUCAGCCUUACAAACUCCAUAUACUGGAAUGCCCAUACAUUUGCACUCACUGAAUCAGGGAAGCUUUAUGCAUUUGGUGCAGGAGACAAAGGUCAGCUAGGCAUAGAGCUAGUUAACAAUCAGACAGAAAGGGGAAACCCCGAACGGGUUGAUAUUGAUCUCAAUUAGGAAUUCUAUGGUUUCCCCUCCCAUCUCUUACACCAUGUCAUCCUUUAGCUUAUCAAAUCACACACUGGAUUUGGUGUUUAGAUUUCCUUGUUUAGUUUGUAAAUAGAAACAAACAAAAAAAAAAUGGUCGAUUUCCCAAGAAAAUAGUUAGCACAUAGGCCUUAAGUUGUUAAUAGUUGAAACAUCUGUUAAGGUUCAUUGAUUACUUAUUUAUGUUGAAUUGCAUUCUUGAAUCCACUGAUAUUCAACUGUUUUAGUUGAUA